GCCACCCACCCUCCAGCAUCUUCUACGAUCUUCGUGGAUUCUUAUAAAAGGGCCGCUGCAAUCCCAUAUGACCCUCCUUUGGUCUUUUUUUAUCGCUAUCAUUGCAGGUUUUUUGACUUGGCAGAGUACUCUUACUUCGGGGUUCUUUGCUUAUUUUGCUACUACGAAUUCAACUACAGCUACAACUGUCACGUUGAAUACCACCUCACCCACCACAAUUUUCAACAACACCAUCAUCAUCAACAACAACAAAUCCAACAACACCACCACCACCAUGUCCCUCCCCCGCGCCAUCCGCCAAGCCUUCCUGGCCAUCGAACAAGCCGAAGGCGCCGGCGCGCGCGUCCGCCGCUCCAUCGGCACCCCCAAACUCCGCCACCUCAGCCCGUUCCUCAUGCUAGACCACUUCACCAUCGGCAAGGGAGCGGGCUUCCCGGACCACCCACACCGAGGCCAAGAAACCAUCACCUACCUUCUCUCGGGCGGAGUCGACCACGAAGACUUCGCCGGCAACCGGGGCACAAUCGGCCCGGGGGAUCUACAAUUCAUGACAGCCGGAAAGGGGAUCAUGCACGCGGAGAUGCCGCACGAGAACCCCGACGGGAGUCUGAACGUGGGGAUGCAAUUGUGGGUGGAUUUACCGAAGGAGUUGAAGAUGUGUGAGCCGCGGUAUCGGGAUUUGCGGGCGGAGGAGAUUCCCGUGGCGACGACGGAUGGGGGACGGGUCACGGUGAAGGUCAUUUCGGGACAGUCGCAUGGGGUGGAUUCCGUAAGGGAUUUGGCGUAUACGCCGGUUUGGUUGUUGGAUGUGGUGGUGAGGCCGGGGGGGAGGGUCAGGCAGGUUUUGCCGGUGGGGUGGAAUGCGUUUGCGUAUACGUUGCAGGGGAGGACGGUGUUUGGGUCCGGUGGGGAGACGAAGUUGGUGGGGGAGUUUCAUAAUGUGGUGUUUGCGCAGGAGGGGGAUUAUGUGGAGGCGUCGGUGCCGGAUAAUGCGGACGCGGAGGGCAGGUUUUUGCUGGUUGCCGGGCAGCCGUUGGAUCAGAAGGUCGUGCAGUAUGGCCCGUUUGUGGUGACCAGUCAGGAGGAGGUUUAUCAGGCGAUGUUGGACUUUCAGACCGCGUCGAAUGGGUUUGAGAAGUCGCGCGGGUGGGAGAGUGAGAUUGGGAAGCGCAUGGCUUAUUAGGAUGUUUAGAUCGGAUAUGUGGAUUGGCGUUUGGAUUUGUUUAGCUUUGAUUGUUGUAUAUAGCUUAGCAUCAUGAGUAUGAUCACUCCCAUGGAAAUCAUUGUAUACGAGUACUCUAGGGUAAGAGCAGUAACAUUCACGCUAUAUCAACAGGAAUCCAGAAUAGAGCACAAAAUC